AUGCCGCAGCUGAGCCUGUCCUGGCUGGGACUCGGGCAGGUGGCAGCCUCCCCAUGGCUGCUCCUGCUGCUGGUGGGGGUCUCCUGGCUCUUGGCUCGCGUCCUGGCCUGGAGCUACAGCUUUUAUGACACCUGCUGCCGCCUCCGGUGUUUCCCGCAGCCCCCGAAGCAGAGCUGGUUUUGGGGUCACCUGGGACUGGUCCACCCCACAGAGCAGGGCUUGAGGGUCUUAAUUCAGCUGGUGGCCGCCUACUCGAAGGGGUUUGUGACGUGGCUGGGCCCCACCAUGCCCCUUAUCACUUUGUGCCACCCUGACAUGAUCCGGACUAUCACCAAUGCCUCAGCUGCCAUUGCACCCAAGGACGCGGUCUUCUACAGCUUCUUGAAGCCCUGGCUGGGGGAUGGGCUCCUGCUGAGUGCUGGUGACAAAUGGAGCAGCCAUCGCCGCAUGCUGACACCUGCCUUCCACUUCAACAUCCUGAAGCACUAUGUGAAGAUUUUCAAUGACAGUGUAAAUGUCAUGCAUGCCAAGUGGAAGCGCCUGGUCUCAGAGGGCAGCACCCGUCUGGACAUGUUUGAGCACAUCAGCCUCAUGACCCUGGACAGUCUGCAGAAAUGUGUCUUCAGUUUUGACAGCAAUUGCCAGGAGAAGCCUAGUGAAUAUAUUGCUGCCAUCUUAGAGCUCAGUGCCCUUGUGGCAAAACGGCACCAGCAGAUCUUCAUGCACAUGGACUUCCUGUACUACCUCACUCCAGAUGGGCAACGCUUCCGCAGAGCCUGCCGCCUGGUGCACAACUUCACAGACGCUGUCAUCCAGGAACGGCGCCGCACUCUCCCCGAUGACGGUGUUGAUGACUUCCUCAAGGCCAAGGCUAAGGCCAAGACUUUGGACUUCAUUGAUGUGCUCCUGCUGACCAAGGACAAAGAUGGAAAACAAUUGUCAGAUGAGGAUAUCCGAGCUGAAGCUGACACCUUCAUGUUUGGGGGCCAUGACACCACGGCCAGUGGUCUCUCCUGGGUCCUGUACAACCUUGCGAAACACCCAGAAUAUCAGGAGCGCUGUCGGCAGGAGGUGCAGGAGCUCCUGAGGGACCGUGAGCCUAAAGAGAUUGAAUGGGACGACCUGGCCCAGUUGCCUUUCCUGACCAUGUGCAUCAAGGAGAGUCUGCGGUUGCACCCCCCGGUCACAGUCGUCUCCCGCUGCUGUACCCAGGACAUCGUGCUCCCAGAUGGCCGGGUCAUCCCCAAAGGUGUUAUCUGCCUCGUUAGUAUUUUCGGGACCCACCACAACCCAUCAGGGCCAGACCCUGCAGGUGCUGUAUACAGUCCUUUCCGCUUUGACCCAGAAAACAUCAAGGAGAGGUCUUCCCUGGCUUUUAUUCCCUUCUCAAGGGGACCCAGGAACUGCAUCGGGCAGACGUUCGCGAGAUCGACCGAGAGCAAGGCAGUCCUUAGUCUGAGUCUUGUCUGCUUUAGUUGUCAAUUUUUAAGAUAA